CUUAAACCAAAAUUUUUUUCUUUAUGACUACAAUUUUUUUUAUUAUUACAAUAACAAAAAAAUAUGUAGUUUAGCGAGUAACACCACGCGUUUGAUUGUUGUGCACAAAGAUUUGUGAUUGUUCGUUGAGUUUUAAAAACUGUGAUAAUUUGUAUUGGGAAAUAAUUGAAGGAAAAUGUGAUUGAAUGACAUGUGACCUGUAACGCAGUGCGGCAAAAUAAAAAGUGCUCAUCAAACUAAUUUCAAAGUGUUGCUUCAAUACCGAACUGAACCGGAAACCGAGAGAAGAAUACAGCCACACUAGUAGAAUACGAGAAUUUUGCGGUCUGCGAUUAGUAAUUGGAUUAAGACAAUAGACGACAGAUACGCGGUAGAAAACAAGCACAAAAAGCGCGGUGUAAUGAGCGGUUUCCUGUUCACCUGGUUGCUUUUGUUUACCUUCCAAAUUGCAACUCUGCAACGAAUGAGCUUAAAACAAAUUUGUAGAAAACAAUUGGAAUUUGCACAGCUGUGGAUUGUAUUCUGCCGCAAGAAUCUUUCGGAACCCAAUCGUACCCUUUUUGCUAUUUGAUGACAAUUCGAUAGGAAAGUUGGAUAAAUUCGUUGGUGUGCACGGAUCGCGGCUCCGUUUAGCUUUAACCAUUGAAAUAAAAGAACAGUUUCAAGAACAAAACUUAGCUAUCUAUAUGCAUAUAAACAACAGAACUAAAUUGAAGCUCUUAGGAAGUAAAUAAAAAAGAUAAACAUUAAUUGAAGUGCUUGCGAAAUUGCAAUUAAAAGAAAAAAAGCCAAUUGCAACUAUUUAACGCUGCAGCGGCAUAGCACCCUCAAAAAUGUGUGCCCGCUUUUGAGUGAACCAAAGCUGGUGGUAAAUGUGGAAAGCACCAAAAAAAAAAAAUCAAAGAUUAAUGGUGAAUCUGUAAACAAAAAAUUUACUUUGCAUUAUUAGCAUGCAGUGGGAGUGCAAUCAAUAAUUUGAGUAAAUAAAAAAAAACAACAACAACAAGAAACGACAACAACGCAUGUAAUAAGGCGCGCUAAACUACAAUUACUAUGCAAGCAAAACAGAGCAAAUAAGGCAAACAAAUUUUUUGUGCUCAUGAUCCUAACAAAAAAAAAUUUUAAAAAUUCAAUAAAAAAAUUAUAAAAAUAAUAUUUACACACAAUAUUGAAAUUAAAGAAGAAGAAGAAAAGAAAUAAAAAUAUAUUGUAUAUAUGAUGUUUGUAUAUAACCUAAAUAAACCGACUAACCGCAUAUGACAACAAAUUGACCAGUGAAAAAAAAAACACAUGAAAAUAAAAUCCUAAAAAAAUUGUUAUAAAAUAACUUAAAUUUAAGCUGAAAGCGCUCAUCUUCCCAGUAAACAUAUACCACCAAUCAAUCCCACCAUCAUCACCAACCACUACCACAACCACAACCACCAACUCCAACACAAAUCAACUUCAAUUCGUCUAAAUUGUGAGAAAAAAAAAAACAAAACAAAAAACAUAGAAUUUGCAUAAGACUCAAGUCAUGCUAAACAACGCUACAAAUUGUUCGCCGCAUCCCUUACUACUACCAACACCAGAUCAUCCAAAUAUGAAUGGGUAUAGUCGCAAGUCACCAUCGAAACGUCGUUAUGAGGGUUCGAAGUAUUCAGUGUUGCCCAAGAAGAAGCCACGUACGGGCAAAGAGCGUAUACCGCAACCCAAGAAUACCGUUGCCAUGUUGAAUGAGCUACGUCAUGGCUUGGUAUAUAAAUUGGAGUCACAAACCGGGCCGGUGCAUGCACCGUUAUUCACCAUUUCCGUUGAGGUCGACGGUCAAAAGUAUAUGGGUCAAGGGCGUAGUAAGAAAAUCGCCCGCAUCGAGGCAGCCGCAACAGCGUUACGCAGUUUUAUACAGUUCAAAGAUGGCGCUGUGCUAACACCACUGAAGCCGACGUGUAAUCUAGAUUUCACAAGCGAUGAACAUUUGGAAAACGGUAUUGUGAAUUAUGAGAACUUAAGCACGGGUGAAUUAGUACCGCUUUUAGAUGCACUGUUCAGGCAUGCGAAAUUUAUUAAAAAACUGACACCCUUCAUGCGGGUAACCGAUUGUGCAUUGAGCAUGACAAAUGUCAAUAAAAGUGCCAUAACUGUUGACGGGCAAAAGAAAGUGCCGGAUAAGGGACCUGUUAUGCUCCUCUAUGAGCUCUUCAAUGAUGUACACUUUGAUUGCUCAACUGUAGAUGGCGCUCAGAAUAAUUGUCGCUUUAAAAUGACGGUGACAGUGAAUAAUAGUAAAUUCGAUGGCACAGGUCCCUCUAAGAAGUUAGCCAAAAAUGCUGCCGCCAAAGCAGCUUUGGCCUCAUUGUGCAAUAUCUCAUAUAGUCCAAUGAUGCAUCCGCAAAAGAAUGUACCAUUACCAAUUGAUGACAAGACAUCAUCCAUGGAGUUGCCACAAAUACACGCAGACACUAUUGGACGCUUAGUUUUGGAGAAAUUCAUGGAGGUUAUCAAAGGGCAGGAAUCAUAUUCGCGUCGCAAAGUCUUGGCGGGCAUUGUAAUGACCGAAGAUAUGAACUUUAGUGAAGCCAAAGUUAUAUCCGUGUCCACUGGCACGAAGUGCGUAAGUGGUGAACACAUGAGUGUCACAGGCGCUGUGCUCAAUGAUUCCCAUGCAGAGAUCGUCUCACGCCGUUGUCUAAUGAAAUAUUUAUAUGCUCAAUUAGAACUACAAUGCAGUCAGACCACUGCAAAUCAGUCGAUUUUCGUGAGGAAUCAAGACAAUGGGCAAUACCCGUACAAACUAAAAUCCGGUGUUCAUUUCCAUUUGUACAUCAAUACAGCGCCUUGUGGUGAUGCACGGAUUUUUAGUCCUCACGAAAAUGACACUGGUGUUGACAAACAUCCAAAUAGAAAGGCGCGUGGUCAAUUGCGUACUAAAAUCGAGUCGGGUGAAGGUACAAUACCGGUGAAAAGCAAAGAGGGUCUACAAACUUGGGAUGGUGUGCUACAGGGCGAGCGCCUAUUGACAAUGUCCUGCUCGGAUAAGAUUGCUCGUUGGAAUAUCGUUGGUAUACAAGGCUCAUUAUUGGCCUCUAUUAUCGAACCGAUUUACUUGCAUUCCAUUGUAUUGGGCAGUUUAUUGCAUCCUGAGCAUAUGUAUCGUGCUGUUUGCGGUCGAAUAGAGAAAUCCAUACAAGGUCUUCCACCACCUUAUCAUUUGAAUAAGCCUCGCUUAGCGUUGGUCACCUCGGCUGAGCCGCGUAAUCAAGCUAAGGCACCGAAUUUCGGCAUCAAUUGGACGAUUGGUGAUAGUGAAGUUGAGGUGGUGAAUUCACUUACCGGUAAAACGGUAAAUAAUCAAAUAUCACGCAUCACCAAGCAAAUGUACUUCAUGAAGUAUGGUUAUCUAAUGAAAAAUUUGCCUGGCAUACCAAAUCGUAAGCUGACAAUCGAUUAUGGGCAAGCAAAGGAGAGGGUAAAGGACUACCAGAUUGCCAAGAAGGAGUUAUUUGCGGCAUUCCGCCGCGAGGACUUGGGCAGCUGGCUGAAGAAACCAAUGGAACAAGAUCAAUUUGCGCUUCCGGAAUGACUCCCUUGUCAACGUUUUGUUAUUAUUUGUUUUUGUAAUUGUUUUACUGCAUGUCUGUAAGGAGGAUUACGGUGUUAUGGAAAUAAAACUAACUAUGCAUAACAGUAUUAGGACCAGUAAAGAAGAAAAUUAAUGGCAAUGUUAUUGCUCUUAUAUGAAAGAAAGAAAAGAAAUAUGUAUGCCUAUACUAUAAUGAAGUGCUUAAGAAUCUCUUUUGAAACAUAAAGUAAGUUUGAUAUUUGCUGUAUUUUUGUGGCAUUUUAUUUAUUAUUUAUUAUUUAAUUUGUUUUUUUUUAUAUAUAUUUAAUUGACUGUAUAACACUUUAAAUUUAUUUUUUUCCUUAAAUGUAUUGCAAUUUUUCUCUACAGAUUGUUAAUUUAACUAAAAUAUUAAAUUAUAUUAUACAUAUUUAUAUUGCGUUUAAGGAAAUGUGUAAACGAUUUUGAGAUUUUGAUAGAAUAAAAACUAAAACUAAUUUGAGCAAAACA